GGCGCGGCCGGGGCUGACCAAUGGCGCGAGCGCUAGUGCGCCUCCAUCUUGGGGCCGCCAGAGUCCGGCGCUGCGGGCGGUUGCGGGAGAGAGCGGUGGGGCCGCUGGGGCGACAGCGCCGUUCCUGGCUCCACGGCGUUGUUUCUCGCUGCCCGAAGCCGCGAUGCCUCAGUUCCAGACCUGGGAGGAGUUCAGCCGUGCGGCCGAGAAGCUCUACCUGGCGGACCCCAUGAAGGUGCGUGUAGUUCUCAAAUACAGGCAUGUUGAUGGAAAUUUGUGUAUCAAAGUAACGGAUGAUCUAGUUUGUUUGGUGUACAGAACAGACCAAGCGCAAGAUGUGAAGAAGAUUGAGAAAUUCCACAGUCAGUUAAUGCGACUUAUGGUGGCCAAGGAAUCCCGCAGUGUUGCUAUGGAAACAGAAUGAGUGGUUUGAAAUGAAGACCGUUAUGUUCUUGGGAAGUAAGCAGCGUUUGAAACUGAGAGUGUUGGGAAGGAAAUGUUUAUGUCACGGAGCUAUCGAAAGCUGAGAGACCGGCCUGUGUCCUAAGGUUUGCUUUAGAAAGUAGGAACAUCGGGGUUUCCAGUUAGAAAACCUUUAUUUUUGGAAACUAAAUAAGAAAUAGAAACUUUUUGCAGAUAAUUUGAUGUUGGGCAAAUAUAUAAUUAUUUUUUCUGGUAAAUUCAUGUCAGUAAUUUGUUGAAGAAUUAACAAGAAAAGGUCUUUCUAGAUUAUGUUUGUUUAAGAGGAAAUAAAAAUGUAACUUUUGCCACAUUGGUAUGUUUCUUUUGGAGUAUAACAUGUAUGCUGUUUAUAAUACACACAUGGUAACUGGGAUUUCUUGCUCUGUGGUGCGCCUGAUCCGGUGUUGUGAAGAGCAAGUCUCCUUUGCCUUUCUUGUCAGGGGCAAACUGUGUUUUUAAGUGGAAGGGAUUUGUAGCAUCCGCUUGCUGAGCGGUGAACAGAGGCAGAUGCAGCUGUGAGUGCACAGGCAGGAUAAUGACACUGAUGGCUGACAGUGUAUGCGUAGUUCACGGUCGGUGUGCAGUGUAUGCGGAGGAGCACUGUGUGGUGCCCACCUCAGACUGAACUAAAUAUUAAUAUAGCAUGCUGCGCAGAACUGCUAGGAUCCUAAUAAACCACAAACCCACCCUUUAUAUGUAGCUUGUGUUUGUAAAAUCUGAUUUUACCAUCUGAAUGUAAAGUUCCACAUUGUCCACUCAAGACUGAAGUGAAGGUGCUGCAUUAAAGUAUUUUUUGUAAAAGUUUGUCAUGUUGAAUAACUUGAAAUUUUUAUUAGUUAUAAGAAUUUUAGUGUGUUUUAGAGAGGUCAGUAAAUAAAACAUAAGCUUAC